AUGUCCGCUCACACGAUUGCCACCAAUUUGCCAAUUCCACAACCAGCGCCACAGCUUCCGGACCACGUGAUGGACAUGUUCUCCCUAAAGGGGAAACUAGCAGCCGUUACAGGCGCGUCCUCGGGUAUCGGAUAUGACGUGGCCGUUGCAUAUGCACAAGCGGGUGCCAACGUUGCCAUGUGGUACAACUCAAACCCACACAUCACAGAAGUCGUCGACGAGCUGUCACGCAAAUACGGCGUGACCGUCCGCGCUUACAAGUGCUCUGUCACCAGUUCGAAGGACGUGCGCGACACAAUUGAAUUGAUCCAGCGGGAUUUCAACCAGCACAUCGACAUCAUGGUGGCCAACGCAGGUGUCGCCUGGAGCGACGGUGCGUUGCUCAACAUGUUGGAAGAGGACCAGGAGGACAAGUGCGACGAACAGUGGAACAAAGUGAUGGACGUGGAUCUCAACGGUAUCUACCGUGUGGCCAAAGCCAUCGGCCCCAUUUUCAAAAAACAAAGAACCGGCGGCUCGUUCAUCGUGACCGCGUCGAUGUCCGGUCACGUGGUCAACGUCCCACAAAUGCAAGCUGCUUACAACGCGGCCAAAGCCGGUGUUCUUCAUUUGUGCAAAUCCUUGGCCGUGGAAUGGGCCGGGUUUGCCCGUGUCAACACGGUCUCGCCAGGCUACAUCUCCACGGAGAUCACGAAUUUCGCAGAAGCCGACCUCAAGGAAAAAUGGCACAAACUCACCCCCAUGGGUCGCGAGGCGUUGCCUCGCGAGCUCAUCGGUGCUUACUUGUAUCUAGGCUCAGGAGCUUCCACUUACACUACCGGUACUGAUAUCAUCAUCGACGGUGGGUACUGCUGCAUUUAG